AUAUUUUUGCCGAGCACAGCGUUUCCCCACGUUUCGGCAAUAAUCUGUGAAACUUGAAGACUGUUCCUUACAACAGCAUCGGAGAUGACCGGAAAGCCGACGGCGAAGUUCGAGCUGCCUGAAAUCGCCGAAAAUCGGCAAGGAUGGGGUCCGUGUUUCGUUCCCGAAAAAUUCGCCGACAUGCCCUACCAGCCCUUCUCGAAGAGCGACCGGAUCGGAAAGGUGGCUGAUUGGACCGGCAACACUUACCAAGAUCGACGUGCAGUCAACAAAUACAACUCACAGUUCGGCUCUGGACCGCAAACACAGUAUGCCUACAUCCACGAAGAAGACGACUCGUCGUUCCAACUUGUGGAUACGUCGAAGACCCACAAACCCAUGUACCAACGAGGACGUUUCAAUCGUCUCAACCAGAAGCUCAAUCAGAGACAACGACAACAGAAACAACAGCAGCAACAAAUGCAGGUACUUUCGCGCGCGGGCAAAGGCAGAGAGCGUGAGCGUAUGCAGCAAGUUCGCAAAUGGCAAAAGCAGAUGCGGCAGAAGCUGGAGCACCGUCAGGGCAAUCAAAACAUGAUCAAGGACCGAGUCGCUUCUGUGACCGUCCUGCCGUCGUGGAAGGUGCUUGAGGAGAUGGACUUCCCCCGUCUUAGUAAAUUGUCACUGCCAAACGUGGAUGAGCCCACCGACGUUUACCGCUGUGGUACCAUGGAGUAUUUUGACAAGAGCUACCAGAACAUCAACUGCAAGAACGAGAAACCGCUGCAGAGGAUCAACCGAGUCUUCCAGGCUGUGCCAACGACCGAUGAUCCUGUGAUCCGAGCCCUCGCAACCAAGAAACACAUCGAUGGCAUGGUCGACGGCGUCGACGUGAGCGACGUGAAGGUCUACGCUAUCGACACCAUCAUUUCGACGCUGAUGUGCGCAACGAGAUCUGUAAUCUCGUGGGAUGUCGUGGUCCAGAAAGUCAAUGGCAUCAUCUUCUUGGAUAAGAGGAACACCGAAUUCGAUCACAUCCCCGUCAACGAGACCGCCGCCGACCCACCGCACGAGGAGGGCAGCUCGAUCAACUCGCCGAGGAACCUUGCCCUCGAGGCGACCUACAUCAACCACAAUUUUUCUCAGCAGGUCUUGAAAACAGACGAAGAGAAAGUCUCCUUCGAGAACAAGAACCCGUUCUGUCAAGACGUGGGCAACUCAAAGACAGAGCACGCAUCCGUGGGUUACCGAUACCGAAAGUUCGAUCUGGGGGGAGGUAUCGGACUCGUCGUUCGAUGCGAACACGAUGCCGUCAUGACCGGACCCAACGGCGAAACCCAAUUUAUCAACAUCAAAGCCCUCAACGAAUGGGAUCCUCGACACUCGGGAAACAUCGACUGGAGGCAGAAACUCGAUACCCAGAGGGGAGCCGUGCUCGCCAACGAGCUCAAGAACAACUCGUGCAAGCUGGCCAAGUGGACGGUACAGGCCGUUCUUGCGGGUUCUCAACAGCUGCGCUUCGGUUACGUCAGCCGAGUACAUGUCAUGGACUCGUCGAAACACUCGAUCCUCGGGACCCAACAAUACAAACCGAAGGAGUUUGCUGAUCAGAUCAAUCUCAACAUGGAUAACGCAUGGGGUGUACUCCGGUACAUAAUCAAUACCUGCCUCCAGCUGCCUGACGGCAAAUAUCUUUUCCUCAAGGAUCCCAACAAGCCCGUCGUCCGUCUCUACGAUAUUCCUGACGAUUCAUUCGAGAGUGACGAGGACGACGAUAGCGAUGAGGAUGAAGAUUAGACGGCCUAAAUAUGCGUUUAAUAAAUCAUAUGCUCCGU